GACAAUAAGUACAAAAAAUAAAAAUAUUUGAAACGAGUAAGUAGAUAUUUUAAUUAUAAACUGAGAUUAUUAUUAUUAUUAUUAUUAUUAUUAUUAUUAUUCCUUCACCGUGUCUAUUAGUUUCACGAUGUCGCUACUCACACAAUGAAGUAAAUUUACCCAUUGACUACUCAUUGACAAGAUUUUUUGGAAUCUAAAUAUUCGAGAAUAUAAACGCGGAGAUGAACACUAGACGUUACUAUAGAUGUUGUCUGUGGUUAUAAAAACAAUAUAUAUAUAUAAAUAUGGAUGUUAAUGUUUACAUAUAAAACAAGGCUGUCGUCUUUACAAUGGAAACGUCUUGUCACGUAUUUCAGUGGUGAAGUUUGGUUUGUUCGUUUCUUGCGAAUAGUAGAACAACAUUUCCUUUCAAAAUGAACUGUGAAUAAUACAUCAAUAUAUCAUAAUAGUGUAUAACAUUUUCCCUUUCGAACAGUAAGCUAUACAUAUAUAUAUAUAGUCGUAUGGUCUCUUGACUAGCCAGUGAAAACGUGCCAUUAUUGCUGCCUGGUAUUUCCACCACAUUAAAAAAAAAAAAAAUCCAACUAUGACCACCACACCUUCCAUAAUUUUCAUAACUACAAAUUAUCUGCCACAUCAACAACUACAGAAUAUUUACCCAAACCAUACAUUGUCUAUUUCAAAUUAAAUGUUCAUAUUGAUGCGAAAACGAAAGAGAACGUUAACUAUGGUGACUGCUGGCGCCAUCAUUGCUCUGCCGUCACCGCUUUUCAUGGCAUUUAUUUUCGCAAUUAUAAUGUUUCUGAUUUACAACUGGAAGUUCUUCCAGACCGAUGAUGCCAUGCCGGUCGCUUAUUAUAAGGAGUCCGCUCUGGCGACACACAUUAUGAAAAAAUGCAAGCAACUGUGUCAGCCGUUCAAACCAACCCUGUGGAUCAGGAAUAAGCACAUUCAGACGUUACUUACCCCAUGGUUGUCCAAUUCUCAAGUGCAAUACGAAAGGGAAUAUUUACAGAUGCGGGAUCGUGGUAUUGUUUCUGUCGACUGGGCAUCGCUCCGAGAUAGACGCAUUCGUGAGUCGAACACGGUUUUCAUCAUUAUCCCGGAUGUAGCCCGGGAUGCAACCAGUGUCAGCCGAUUAACUAAACAUGCGACUGACCGAGGUUUUCGCGUGGCUGUAUUCAAUCGACGCGGCCACGCCAACAGUUUCUUGACUUCUCCAAAACUACAAGGCUUUGGCGACCCGACAGACUUGCGACAAGUAGUUAAGUACAUUAGGGGAGUAUAUAGCCGAGCCAAUUUGGUAGCGGUGGCGAUGGGGACAGGAAGUGGCCUUUUACUUUCCUACCUUGGUGAAUAUGGCUCUUCGGCCCAUCUCGCCGCCAGUGUGUGUGUGUCAGCCUGUUAUGAAGCACAAGAAUUGUUAGGCAAAGACAUAAAGAACAUUUACGACUUUUUCUACCUCCUCAGACAAAAGAGGGCACUCAGUCCUCAUGUACCGGCUCUCACCGGUCACUUAGAUUUAUUAUCGCUGUUCAACAGCUGGACAUUUCGAGACUUCGACGAGAGAUUGUACUGUAAAAUGUACGGACAUAAAUCAAUCGACGAUUACUGGGAAAGAAACAAUCCAAUGAGAGACGCGGACGAUAUUGCUGUGCCUCUUCUGUGUAUCAACAGUCUCGAUGACCCUAUGUUCCCUAAAAGCAAUAUCCCUUAUGAUCUGUUUAAAUGUUACCCCAAUCUAUUUCUGGUGGUCACCGAAAGAGGGGGCCACUGUGGUUUCAUUGAGAACUUGACGACUGCAGUGUCGUGGGCCGAGUGCUUGACGAUUCGUUAUAUAGAGGCUGUGUUGGACGCUCAACUUAAAAUAAAAUGAAAAUUGUAAUUAUUAUUA